AUGGCCGAAACAACGAAAGAGAUGAAAUUUGUUCUUCGAUAUUUACGAAGAACAAAACGAUUUGAAACACUCGAAGCUCUUGGAGUUCCCGGUCUUCCUGUUCCAACAAGCAAGGACGACGAGCCGAAAAUUCUGCCGCGAACAAGCGAAGAAAAUCUCGGUGAUGAGACGGGACUCAACUUCAUGGAUGCAUCGGACGACAGCAUUUUACACCCGAAAGCACAUCACAGUCAUCCGAACGAUGUCUUCGAGCCCAACGACUCCGAGAUCGCGAUUAUAGAAAGCGAGCUCCCCGCUUGUGACGACUCCGUGACGACGUCGAGUCAACUUUUUCAGAGACUACUGGACGAUGACAGCUUGGCGAUUCCAGAAUUAAAUUCAGAAAGUGUUUCUGAACCCGGCCCAGCGCCACAGCUGCUGUUCACAACGGGAGAUCUGCAAAGUAAACUUUCCACAAGAAGCCUCGAAUUUAAUAAGGACCUUUUCGCGGAUCUCGAUGGCCCGAUGAUAUCAAAAGAAAACCAAAGAAACAAGUCGAGAGGCCUUCCGACGACUGGAAAUAAACGAACAGUCACAUAUGGGAAGAAAUACUGGAGACAGAAAUUUAAUGAAGACGACCCUGACGACGAUUUCAGUCAAGAGCUGACAUCGCAGUACUUCCUCAAACUUCAAACUCAAAAAUCAAUGAAAAAAAAUGCUAUUCAAGCGAAAGAAAAAGUUCAAAACGGUGACGAAGACGAUGAAUUCGAUUUCUCCGCGUACAAGCCUCCACCAAAGAGCUCAUUCAAACCUCCCUCGAAGAACGCAUCGAAGAUCCAAAAUUCAGUUGAGUUGCUGAAACGAUUUGAUCAAUCUGUCGCUACUUCACUCUUCACAACAGGAGCAGGUUCUAGCAUUGCUCUUCCUGGAGUUCCUUUACCAAACAAUAUCCAGUUUCCUUCAGUAUCUGCCAGUCCGAAAAAUCCACUCAAGGAAGUCAGAAAUGGUGAGAAAGCGAUUGCAGCUGCGGACGGAAAGAAAGGAGCGCUUUCUGAGAUAGAUAUGAAUCAGAUGGUUCCUGAGAGUCCGAGAGAAACGAGCUUGGAUCUUUCGUUCGAUCCGUCGCAAGCCCUUUUCUCCAAUUCGCCUUAUGGAGCGAGUCCGAUUUACAAGUCCCAAGAGACGAAUAAACCAAAGAAAUCCUCCGAAAAUUUGAGGAAGGAUAUCUUUCGAGGUUUGGACGAUUCCUUCGAAUUCAAUGGAUCCCAAACUGGACUCGGAGUCCCUGAAGCUGCCUUGCAAGCAGUCCGGGCUGCUGGCCCUGGAAGCAAGAACACUGGCUUGCAGAACUCUAUCAAGGCGAAAAUUGAUGAAUCGGCAAUUGGUGCAAGUCAGCAGCUCUUGAAUACAUCUAACGAGCCCGCGGCUUCUGCCAAGACUGCCGAUGUUGACGGCGAGUUAAAGCCGAAGCCAGAAGAAGUGAAUGAAAAUUUGCCUUGCUAUCAGCCUUGUGUUAAUUUCUUUCAUCCGGAAAGUGACUCCAUUAUGCACAAAUACGCUCUUCUUGCGGAUAAACUGCGUCUCAGAAGCCAAUUAGAAGAAACGCAAGCAAAAUUGACCAGCAUCGAAAGAUCUUCUUCAUUCGUCAUUCCAGUAAAAUCGGCUGCAAAGAACAAUUCGAAGCACAGUACUCUCAUCCCUACCCGAAGGAACAAAUCCGUCAAAUCUCCAGAUCUUGCUCUUUGUCCGAUGAUUGCGGACUAUACUGCAGAAGAUGAAGACUUUGAUAUGGACCUUGACGAAGGAACAGAAGAUCGUGUCAUGACCGCGGAAGAAAUCAAGCAAUUAAAGGCAAUGAUCAAAAAGAUCGACGAGGAGAUCGAUUGUCGGAAGAAAUGUCAAGAAAAUCGUUACGGAGUGCUGUUCCAAAGCAAGAAACACUACAACCAAAGAGGCAAGACGAUUCCUGUGAGUCAGUUCAAGCCUCAAGUAAAUACAGAGGAUAAGCCUGCUGAUCCAGUGCGAAAUUUCAACUUGCUCGACUUUUGGCCAAAGGAAGAUAUUCUAGCUGGUAAGAAAACGUCCGACGAUGGAACUUUCAGCUGCGCAGCAGACGGAACUUUCGGCUCGCGACAUAUCCAGCGCACUCUUCACAGCUCGACGAUCAACAGAUCGCUCCACUCUAAAUUGUCAAUCAACUGGGUAGAAAAUCACGCAAAACUCGUCAAGCAAAAGCUCGCUGGAUACAACAACUAUCUCGAUCACGAAUUGCGCGAAAAGGUCUUCACCCCCGACGCGUUAGUCGACCAACUCCGACUGAGGGCUGACUUGGAAUUUAUCGACGGAAAGAGAAGUCUCAUUGUGAAGAUUUCCGAGCAUGAAGUUUCUCCAGCUAUGCCUGCUGUUCUUUACAUUUCUUCCAAAGAACCUCUCAGACUAUCAGACGGCUGGUACGAAAUCAAAUGCGAUGGCGAUGCUUUGAUAAAGCAACGUCUUGAAAAACUACCAAUCGGUUCCAAAAUCCUCAUUUGUGGUGCAACUCUUGCCAGAGACGCUCAAGCUUCACACCCGUUGAAGAAUAUUUCCGAAAUUCAAAUAACCGCCAAUUCCACGAAGCGCGUCAAAUGGCAUACGAAACUUGGGCCGUUUUUUAAAAGCGUUCCGCCUUCGACAUUAUCUUCCAUUUCCUCCUCUGGCGGGAGUAUUUACAAGCUGAAGCUGAAAAUAACAAGAAAGUACCCAGAUAUUUGGCUUCAAGACAAACCAGGAGAUAGACGAGUAGUUUUUUCAAAAAGACAGCGAGAUCGAUGGCUUGCUCAGAAAGAAAAAGAUCUGGACAAGCAAAGAGAAUCGCUAGCAGCAAGUAUUAGGAAGAAACAUCGAGAAAGCCUCAACGAAGAUCUAUCCAACUUGAAAAUGAAAGAAAUCCGCGUACUAGAAGAUCCAGAAGAGAUUUACACCGCGGUGACACUUUCAAAAGACCGAGAACAUACAUUUUCGAACUUGACUGAAGAGCAACGGCAGAAAUACCGAAAAUUCGCCGAAGAGCAAAAGUUCAAGAUAAACGAAUCUCUCGAACGUGAGCUGCGACAAUCAAGAGGAAAAACGACGAAGAAAUUGAGAUUUAAAGUCAAGGAGGGAAAUAGAACAAGUAUUCUGCAAAUCGACGAGAGCAAACUGCGCGACGAAUCUUUGAAAGCGGGAUCUAUCGUGAUCGUUGAAAUGGCAAACAUCGGAUAUAGAGGCCAAAUCGUAAUCCAGAAAAACGGGACCGUCCGUGUUUUUGAUCACGAAUCCGUGAAACCUGAGUUGCCCGCAGAAUACUCAAAAAUCCUCCACGAAAUCCCUGUGACCACGAAAGAGGUUGACAUCGUCGGAAUCGUUGUUCAUCUUACACCUUCCUCAUGCGUACUUGCUGAUAAUAAGAAGCAGUUUGUCACUGUCCAGUUAGACAAAAGUACUUGGGACUUCGAAGCUCUCAACAAAAUUGUUCUUGUCGGAGCUGUACUCGCGUUUAAAAAUUUGGAAGUCGGCCGCCAAAAAGCAGCGCAACUCAAAUAUACCCACGUUUCCGAAGUACUUUCGAAGUUGUCCGACUUUCAGGGCUCUAGCGGCGCGCUUUUCAACCUCUUCAAUGCUUACAACAAGGUGCUCGCUCGCUCCGGUCACGAGAACCUCAUUUCUGCCUUUCGAUCUUCUUCCAAAUCUUCGUCCUUUUCUACACCAACGCGCCCAUGCCGAAUUCUUCAAUAA